AUGCACAAUGCAGGCCAGCAGCAGCAGCAGCAGCAAUGGUCGAGGGAGAGCAAAAAGUGUGGCAGCAUGUUUGAGGGCACUCCCCAAAAACAACCGCUGUUCCACGGCUAUUCCGUGUGCUUUCCACAUUCUUCGCAUUUACAGUUAAAGUCGAGCCACAGAGUCUGCAGUUGCGAAGCCGAAAAGACCGGCGGCGCCCUUUGCCGCAGCUUUGGCCCACUACUCCACCCUACCUCAGCCCCCAGACCACCCCGGAGGUGCUCUACACGGACUGUUCAUCAACAAAGCAGACAAUCGCUGAAACUGGCCUGGAAACUGGGACCCACACUGGCUACCGGCAGCACCAUCAGCCGAUCAGUCAAUGUGGUGCCUGGUGACAUCACGCAGAUGUCGCCAAGGACGUGCCCUGCAUCCCCCCAGCUACGACAGACUGCCCGAAUGUGCCGCUGUCGGUGUCCGGCAACAAUAUCCGUGCCCAGCUUUUAGCUCUUUAGCUAAGACGUAAGCAGCAUCACCUAUCUGGUUUUGGACGAAGCGGAUCGUAUGCUGGACAUGGGCUUCGAUCCACAGAUCCGCAAGGUCCUGAUGGACAUUCGUCCCGAUCGCCAGACCAUCAUGACGUCUGCCACCUGGCCGCCUGGUGUGCGCCGAACCUAAUAAGCCAUAGUCAUCCUUCCACCAGAGUCACCGAUAUGUUCGAGAAGAAACCUGCUUUCUGCUGUUGCUCCUUCAGGUCGCUGGCUAACAUAGAUUUGUUUUCUACCGGCUGUGUGCAGCAGCUCCCCAUUCGACGAGGAUACUACUAAAUACUAAUACCUCUUCUCUAAAACUUAAAGAGCGCCAUUCCUAAGGCGACACCUCGCACUUCCAUUGAUUGGUAAUAGACUGGCUGAUGGAGUCCAGCGAAAUGCGACCCUGCUAGAGGCCUAUGCUUCUCUAUAGUAAAGCUACCAAUUAUUUUUCUCAAGAAAUAACAAAAUUAAUAAGCUUUAUAUAAUCAUCAAUGGCAUG